AUGUACUCGGAGUUUGCUGAUAUGAAGGAACAACAGAAGCACAUGACUGCUCAGAUACAGCAGCUACAGCCUUCCUCAUUUGUCCAUCAUAACCAACAGGCACCUGCAUCUACAUCCUUCAGAGAAAGAUAUGAUAGAAACAGAGGCAGAGCUCACCUGGAUGACUACAGACCAGGAAAAGGUAACUCAGAUGCAGAUGCAUUGUCUAGAUUACCUAAGAGUGACAACACUGACACAGAAGAACUAACUACGGAUCUAGUGAGUGCAAUCUGUAACAAGGUUCAGGUCUCCAGCUUGGUUGAAACAAUGUGCUUGGAUGCUGAUGCAAUAGGCGAUGAUGACUCAGGAGUAUUUGAUGACAAGUGUCACAACAAUGCCAAGGAAUGGAGCAGCGCUCAACAUAGAGACCCAGCUAUAGCUACAAUUAUGGAUAGUCUCGAAGCUGGACAGAAACCCGACAGGACUCAAUACAUUGGAAACAAGGAAAUGACUAAACUGCUAAAGAACUACCAUCAUCUUAGAAUCAAGCAUGGAGUUUUAUACGCCCAAGCUUAUCCUUGCAAGAACACCUCCGCAAAAACUACAGCAGAUAUAUUCUUUAACAACUUUGUCAGUCACUACGGCUUGCCGAAGAGGAUCCAUUCGGACAAAGGUGCUAACUUUGUUGGAAAUCUGAUGACUGAGCUCUGCAAGUUACUAAGAAUUGACAAGUCCUCUACUACACCCUAUCACCCAAUGGGCAAUGGCAUGUGCGAAAGAUUUAACAGAACUCUGUUAAAUAUGCUGGGAACACUGGAUCCAGAAUCUAAGAAAGAUUGGAAGACACAGGUAGCGCCCUUAGUGCAUGCCUACAACUGUACCAGGCAUGAGUCCACGAAGCACUCUCCAUACUUUCUUAUGUUCGGACGGCACCCAAGACUUCCCAUUGAUUUGGCCUUUGGUCUUGACAUAGAACCAGGAAACACAGGAUCUAUGCUCAAGUAUACAGAGUCGUUAAAGAAGAGACUUCAACAGGCAUACGAACUGGCCACAGAAAAGGCGAAGACAUCACAGAAAAAGCAGAAAGUAAAUUAUGACCAACGAGCCAGAGCUGCUAUUUUGGACAUAGGCGACAGAGUACUUGUCAAGAUUGUAGCCUUUGAAGGACGCCAUAAAAUUGCUGACGGAUGGGAAAAUGAUGUCUAUGUUGUGAUCGAUCAGCCAAAUACAUCUGUGCCCGUUUACUUAGUUGGCAAGGAAAAUGGUGAAGGAAGAAGAAAGACCCUUCAUAGGAAUCUCUUGCUUCCAAUAGGAUCUUUACAGGGACAGGAUAUUUCAGGACCAAAGCAACGUAGAACAUUACCAUCAGCACCUGUAUCUCAGACAGUACCAAAGCUACGUAGAACUUUACCAUCAGUAUCAGUCUCUAAGACAAGAUCAUCACGUAGAUUGCAAGGAGAGAACCUGAUGAUAGUGACGAAGAAUCUGUGA